UCCGCUUCAUGGGGGCACUUUGCAACCUUCCAAGCACCUGGAGAGAUUUCUUUAAGGGGCAAAAGGCAGGAUUAACCCCUUAUAAAUGCAGAAAGGUUGUUGCCAUCUAGAAGUGAGGAGGGGCUGAGGUGUUUAAGCCGGUGGGUCAAGCCGCAGCAAGUAUUUCGGCUGACCAAGGCUGUGGUGGCAGAGUAAAGCCCCAUCUGUUGUUUCAUUGUUUGUUUGUUUAUUCCUCCUCCUCCUCACGCCUCUCGCUCUCCCUCCUCCCCCCUUAAAUCCAGGGACCAUUCACGCCUCUUGCAAAUGAGACUUGGGCGAUGCUGAGCGAGCAGCGUGUUGCAUGGCGCGUGUGUGUGCAUGCAUGCGCGGAGGAAGGAUUCUCGGUGCUCAGCGUUUGCCUGUGAUCAGAAGAAAACAGGAUGUGCCCAUAGCUGGAGGAGUGACAAUGCUAGCCGAGUGGGGCUCACCUGCUGGUGAUCUUUGCAGAGGCAUUUGAGGAUUAUUCAGCUCCAGAAGGUCUGUUGCGAGGAAUGCUAUCUCUGCCGUGGCUGAAAAUAGGAGGUGCCUACCUCUACCCGUCUUGAUUGCUGCCACCGAAAGGACUGCUUUGCCGCCACUGUAGGAAGGAAAGAUUGCUCCCACCAACAAGGUUAUGAGAAUUAUGAUCACAUGCGCAGCUCUGCAUAGCUGUCCACCUGGAGAUGAUGGUGACUCCUUAGAGAAUACAUGCAAACUCCUGGUUAAUCAUCAGCAUUCUGCUCCUUUUAUCUAAAAGAUUUAACUGCUCUGCACCAGCUCUCAGUUUUUGUUCCAUCAUGUUGUGUCUACCAGCCUAAACCAUUUCUUAAAAUGAUCCUUUUGCUGUUCCUUGCAAUCCUGUUAUUGAAGGAAGAUGUCUGUGGGAACGUUGGGCUUUUGGUUUCUGCACAGGCCAAUGAAAGAAGGGUGGUUGCACAUAUGCCUGGUGAUAUUAUCAUUGGAGCUCUGUUCUCAGUCCACCAUCAACCAACAGUUGACAAGGUUCAUGAAAGGAAAUGUGGAGAGGUAAGAGAGCAGUAUGGCAUUCAGAGAGUGGAGGCAAUGCUACAUACCCUUGACAGAAUUAAUUUGGACCCCACACUGUUGCCAAAUAUCACACUAGGAUGUGAAAUAAGGGACUCUUGCUGGCAUUCUGCUGUGGCUCUGGAGCAGAGCAUUGAGUUUAUAAGGGACUCUCUUAUUUCAUCAGAAGAAGAGGAAGGGAUGGUGCGAUGUGUGGAUGGAUCUUCAUCAUCUUUCCGCUCCAAGAAACCCAUCGUUGGUGUUAUUGGCCCUGGCUCUAGCUCAGUUGCUAUCCAGGUACAGAACUUGUUGCAGCUUUUCAAUAUACCUCAGAUUGCUUAUUCUGCUACAAGCAUGGACCUAAGUGACAAAACUCUGUUCAAGUAUUUUAUGAGAGUUGUGCCAUCUGAUGCACAGCAAGCACGGGCUAUGGUGGACAUUGUCAAGCGCUAUAACUGGACCUAUGUUUCUGCUGUACAUACUGAAGGAAACUAUGGUGAAAGUGGAAUGGAGGCUUUCAAAGAUAUGGCAGCCAAGGAAGGGAUCUGCAUUGCACAUUCCUACAAGAUCUAUAGCAAUGCUGGCGAACAGAGCUUUGACAAGUUGCUGCGAAAGCUCCGAAGCCACCUGCCCAAGGCAAGAGUGGUUGCCUGCUUCUGCGAAGGCAUGACUGUGAGAGGGCUUUUAAUGGCUAUGAGGCGCCUGGGACUCGCUGGAGAAUUUUUGCUGCUGGGCAGUGAUGGCUGGGCAGACAGGUACGAUGUGACAGAUGGGUAUCAGCGUGAAGCUGUUGGUGGAAUAACGAUCAAGCUCCAGUCUCCUGACGUGAAAUGGUUUGAUGAUUACUACCUGCAGCUUCGGCCAGAAACUAAUCACCGAAAUCCAUGGUUUCAGGAAUUUUGGCAGCACAGGUUCCAGUGCCGUUUGGAAGGGUUUCCUCAAGAGAACCCUAAAUACAACAAGACUUGCACAAGCCAGAUGACUCUGAGGACGCAGCACGUUCAGGACUCCAAGAUGGGCUUUGUAAUCAAUGCGAUAUACUCGAUGGCGUAUGGCCUCCACAACAUGCAGCUGUCGCUGUGUCCGGGCUAUGUAGGCCUCUGCGAUGCCAUGAAGCCCAUUGAUGGCCGGAAGCUCCUGGAGUCCCUCAUGAAGACCAACUUUACGGGGGUCUCUGGGGACAUGAUCUUGUUUGAUGAGAAUGGCGACUCUCCGGGGAGAUACGAAAUCAUGAAUUUUAAGAAAAUGGGGAAAGACUACUUUGAUUAUAUCAAUGUUGGCAGCUGGGACAAUGGUGAGCUGAAAAUGGAUGAUGAUGAAAUAUGGUCAGAGAAAAAUAAUAUCAUCAGAUCUGUGUGCAGUGAACCCUGUGAAAAAGGCCAGAUAAAGGUGAUCCGUAAAGGAGAAGUCAGUUGCUGUUGGACCUGCACCCCUUGUAAAGAGAAUGAAUAUGUCUUUGAUGAAUAUACAUGCAAGGCCUGCCAGCUCGGCUCCUGGCCCAACGAUGAACUUACAGGUUGUGACCUCAUCCCAGUCCAGUAUCUCAGAUGGGGUGAUCCUGAACCAAUUGCAGCAGUUGUUUUUGCAUGCCUGGGUCUGCUGGCCACCUUGUUUGUUACAGCUAUAUUCAUAAUGUACCGUGAUACUCCAGUGGUCAAAUCAUCCAGCCGAGAACUUUGCUAUAUCAUUCUAGCUGGCAUCUGCUUGGGUUACUUGUGCACUUUCUGUCUCAUCGCAAAACCUCAACAGAUUUACUGUUAUCUUCAACGAAUUGGCAUAGGUCUCUCCCCAGCUAUGAGUUAUUCUGCUCUAGUAACUAAAACCAACCGCAUUGCAAGAAUCCUGGCUGGCAGCAAGAAGAAAAUUUGUACAAAGAAACCUAGGUUCAUGAGUGCCUGUGCCCAACUGGUUAUUGCAUUCAUUUUGAUAUGUAUACAAUUAGGCAUAAUUGUUGCCCUCUUUAUAAUGGAGCCACCUGAUAUAAUGCAUGAUUACCCAAGCAUCCGAGAGGUCUACCUGAUUUGUAACACUACCAACCUGGGUGUUGUAACUCCCCUUGGAUAUAAUGGAUUAUUAAUUUUGAGUUGCACCUUUUAUGCAUUUAAGACAAGAAAUGUCCCAGCUAAUUUCAACGAAGCAAAGUAUAUUGCCUUUACAAUGUAUACCACCUGCAUCAUUUGGCUGGCUUUUGUGCCAAUAUAUUUUGGAAGCAACUACAAGAUAAUUACCAUGUGUUUCUCGGUGAGUCUGAGUGCCACGGUGGCCCUUGGCUGUAUGUUUGUGCCCAAGGUCUAUAUCAUCCUUGCUAAGCCUGAAAGGAAUGUACGCAGCGCAUUCACCACAUCGACUGUGGUCCGCAUGCACGUAGGGGAUGGAAAGUCAUCUUCGGCUGCAAGCCGGUCAAGCAGCCUGGUGAACCUGUGGAAAAGAAGGGGAUCAUCUGGUGAAACCCUUAGGUACAAAGGCAGGAGACUGGCCCCGCACAAGUCGGAAAUAGAGUGUUUCACCCCAAAAGGGAGUAUGGGGAAUGGUGGGAGAGCUACAAUGACCAGUGAAGAAUCUGUUUGCAUUCCAGAGUGUAAUCGAUCUGAGUCAAGUAGAGAUGAGAAAGAGGUUCCCGUUAAAGAGGAUGCCCUAACAGGCAAAAAGACUGGAAACUGUGUCAGUCUAAUAGUGCCACAGCAAGACUGUCAGCUGCAAGACCUACUCAAACACUCUAAUGGGAAAUCAGUUUCCUGGGCCCAGAAUGAGAAAAGCAGCAGAGGAGCACACCUUUGGCAGAGGCUAUCAAUCCACAUCAACAAAAAAGAGAACCCCAAUCAAACUGCAGUGAUCAAGCCUUUCUCAAAAAGCACAGAUAGUAGCCGACACAGUAGCAGUGCUACAUUUCCUGAGUCCAGUGCCAAAACGCUUUACGAUGUUUCAGAAGCAGAAGAGCAAUACCCAGCUCAGUACAGACCACAGACUCCCUCACCUGUCAGCACCGUGAGCCACAGAACUGCCUCUGUUAGCCAAACAGAAGAUGAUGUCCCUACUUUCCAGUCAGAGCCUCCUCAACGAAGCAGCUCCUCUCAAGGCUCCCUCAUGGAGCAGAUCAGUAGCGUGGUUACUCGUUUCACAGCCAAUAUCAGUGAGCUGAAUUCUAUGAUGCUUUCAACAGCCACUCCAGGGACAAUGGUGGCCACUCCUCUCUGCUCUUCAUACCUGAUUCCACGGGAAAUCCAGCUUCCUACGACAAUGACCACGUUUGCAGAGAUUCAGCCGCUUCCUUCCAUUGAAGUCAAUGGCGCUUCACAGUCAGCCAGGAAACCUUCAAAUGGCAGCGUCAAAGAAGGCACCUCAGAGACCCCAUCAGCAAAGCAAGACCUUGAGGAGUUGGUAGCUUUAACUCCUCCUUCUCCUUUUAGAGACUCCAUUGAUUCUGGAAGUGCAUCUCCCAGCUCUCCGGUUUCUGAAUCAGCUCUCUGUAUCCCAUCCUCCCCAAAGUAUGACACCCUCCUCAUCAGAGAUUAUACUCAAAGUUCUUCUUCGCUGUGAAUGUAGUUCAAGAAAACGUUGGAUCUCAACAACUACAAGCAAGUAGUGAGGGAACAAGCCGAGCCUUCAAGAUCUCCAGUGUUUACUCAGAGUGAGAGGCAUUGGGUCAUCUUCUGAGAAACAGAGAGGAAGAAGUGGAGUUACUUGAUAAGUGGAAACAUCAGAUUAAUGAUGCUGUUUUAAAGACAAAAUUACUCUUGGCAGAUUAUCGUGGCCUUAAAAAAACAUGGGCUUUUCAGAAACACUGAAUCUAUUUUUGAGGGCUUAUAAGGAGUCUGUUAAAUAAGUUACAUACCAAGUGCUUUGCUUUAGUAUUACAAUGAACCGUGUGUACAAUAUAUAUGGGGGAGGGGGGAAAUUAGAUUGUAAACAUCUGUACAAUGGUUUGUUUGUUUACUCUGAUUCCUUACCCAGAAGUGAACCUUGAUCUUUUAUCAAGAAUAGAAGACCAAACAUUGAAUGUACAUUUUCUAACAGACUCAAAGACUCAAAUCUGGGACCAACCUGUCAAGCUUACUUUCUUUUCUUUCUUUUUUUUUUUUUUUUUUUUUCUAUGAAGAUCUCAAAAAGCAGUAAUGUAUGUUCAAUAACUACCAAACAUUUUGCUGAAGCAUAUUGUGUCUGUGAUACGUUAUACGUGGAUAACACUAAGCUGAGGCUUUGCAGUGAGUGACUGCAAUAUGGAGGGCUUUACAAGUGACUUCUCAUCUACACCUUUUGUUUAUGAAAUUCUCUUCUAUCAGUAUUGAAAAAAAAAUAAUAAUAAUAAAAAAAAAUGUUAACAUUGGAUUCACCUUCACAGCAACAGAACCCAAGGAAGAUUUCCUGACUAUUUCACCAUGUUGCCAACUAAUAACGAAGUAGCAAAAAAUAUUUUCUGGAGUACUGUUUUGUAAUUCCCUUAUCAGGGCAAGUUGUUGCAGUGAAUAUUCUCUUUCUAGCAGCAUUACCAAGCUAUAUUAUAGCUGCACUCCCUACUGAAAUUAAUACAUUUUUAUGGACGUUCUUGUGCUAACAUUGCCAGUUAAAACACUUAUCCGGGCUCCCAUAGUCUUUGCUUGUAAGGAACAGGUAAACACUCUAAGGAUUUUCUCCAUCUUUUUGAAUGACAGAAUUCUAAGAGACCAAUAUGGAUUAUGAUGAAUGUUAACUGCCAGUGGAAAUGUUGUCAUAAUCAUAAUUUAUAUGCAGAGAAGAAGCCUGUGUCAAAAUCUGCUUAGAGCUGGUUUAGCUACUCUUUAAUAAGCAACAAUUUUAACUUUAUUUAGCUGCUGAUGCCUUGCAGCUAUGAACUGUGACAAAAAUAAAUAAAUAAAUAAAUAAAUUAAAAAUAAAGACUUUCAAAGCAAUACAGAGUAAAGGUUAAAGCAGA